GCUCCCUCCCCGGCCGCUGGACAGAGGCGCAGGCAGCUUCCCUGAGCAGCACCCAGAGAGCUGCUCUCCUCCUGGCCGGAACAUGGCAGAUAAUCUAAGUGAUGCCUUGAAGAAGCUGAAGAUAACAGCCAUUGACAGCACAGCAGAUAGCUUGGAAGGAUGCUUGGAUUGCCUGCUUCAAGCCCUGGCUCAAAACAAUACCGAGACAAGCGAAAAAAUCCAAAAAAGUGGGAUUCUUCAGGUGUUUGCAAGUCUGUUGACUCCACAGUCUUCCUGCACGGCAAAAGUAGCUAACAUCAUAGCAGAAGUAGCCAAAAAUGAAUUUAUGCGGAACUCAUGUGUGGAUGCUGGGUUGAUCCCUCCACUGGUGCAGCUCUUAAACUGCAAAGACCAGGAAGUGUUGCUUCAGACAGGUCGUGCCCUCGGCAAUAUAUGCUAUGAUAGCCAUGAGGGCAGGAGUGCAGUUGACCAUGCAGGUGGUGCACAGAUUGUAGUAGACCAUUUAAGGUCACUGUGCAGUAAAACAGAUCCAGCCAAUGAGAAGCUCUUGACUGUCUUUUGUGGCAUGCUGAUGAACUAUAGCAAUGAGAAUGAUACCCUGCAAUCUCAGCUUAUCAAUAUGGGCGUUAUCCCUACGUUAGUGAAAUUGUUGGGCAUUCAUUGCCAAAAUGCAGCUCUGACUGAAAUGUGCCUUGUUGCAUUUGGCAAUUUAGCAGAACUUGAAUCAAGCAAAGAGCAGUUUGCCUACACAAACAUUGCCGAAGAGAUUGUAAAACUAUUCAAGAAACAAAUAGAACAUGACAAAAAAGAGAUGAUUUUUGAAGUUUUGGCUCCUCUGGCAGAAAAUGAUAUCAUUAAACUGCAGCUGGUUGAAGCGGGCCUGGUCGAGUGUCUACUUGAGAUUGUCCAGAAGACUGUAGACAGUGACAAAGAGGAUGACAUAGCUGAACUUAAAACAGCCUCUGAUCUUAUGGUUUUACUACUACUCGGAGAUGAAUCCAUGCAAAAGUUAUUUGAAGGAGGGAAAGGCAGCGUCUUCCAAAGGGUGCUUUCAUGGAUUCCUUCCAAUAACCAUCAGUUACAGCUUGCAGGAGCACUGGCUAUUGCAAAUUUUGCAAGAAAUGAUGGAAACUGCAUCCAUAUGGUGGAUAAUGGGAUAGUUCAAAAGCUGAUGGAUCUACUAGACAGACAUGUGGAAGAUGGAAAUGUAACGGUGCAGCAUGCAGCACUGAGUGCACUCAGAAACUUGGCUAUUCCUGUUGUAAAUAAGGCUAAGAUGCUAUCAGCUGGCGUUGCAGAAGCGGUACUGAAAUUUCUCAGAUCGGAGAUGCCCCCUGUUCAAUUCAAGCUGCUGGGAACGUUAAGAAUGUUAAUAGAUGCACAAGCAGAAGCUGCUGAACAGCUGGGAAAGAAUGUGAAAUUGGUUGAACGGUUGGUGGAAUGGUGUGAAGCCAAGGAUCAUGCAGGUGUGAUGGGGGAGUCAAACAGACUGCUUUCUGCACUUAUACGACAUAGCAAAUCAAAAGAUGUAAUUAGGACCAUUGUUCAGAGCGGUGGCAUCAAGCAUUUAGCUACCAUGGCAACUAGCGAACAUGUAAUAAUGCAAAACGAAGCUCUUGUUGCUCUGGCACUAAUAGCAGCAUUAGAAUUAGUCACUGCUGAGAAGGAUCUCGAAAAUGCUAAACUAGUCCAGAUUCUACACAGACUGCUCUCAGAUGAGAGGAGUGCUCCAGAAAUCAAAUACAACUCCAUGGUGUUGAUCUGUGCUCUCAUGGGAUCUGAACCCCUUCACAAGGAAGUGCAGAACCUGGCAUUUCUAGAAGUUGUAUCAAAACUCCGCAGCCAUGAGAACAAAACUGUUGCCCAGCAGGCCUCACUAACAGAGCAGAGACUCGCAGUAGAAAGCUGAGGAAGGUCUCCAGUUUCCAUAGAGCAUCCCAUCGUGGAUUUCACCUUUGUCCUCUGUCCUGCUGCCGCUCCUGCUAUGUUUUCCACUGUGUCACUUGUGCAUGCAUGUAAUGUUCCCACACAAAUUGAUGAACUGCUGUAGGUACCUGUCCAAUAAGGUUUCUAAAAUCCAUAGGUGGUGUUAACAUAAAUCUGUCAGAAACAAGUCUGCACCCAUAAAUGUUCUACUUGUAUUCUUGUUGCUUGGGCCACACAGUAGAAUGUGCAUGUUGUAGUCCUAUGAUGAUGUAAAAGUGGUACUACAUGAUGACUCUUUCCUCACACCCCUAACUGCAUAAUAACGUAUUGCUAAAUUAGGGACAAUACAGGAGGCAGCACGUCCAAGCUAGAGUAUUGAUUAUAGGAUUAAAUAGUAAAUCUAGCUCCAUUUUUGGUGCUUUGGAAACACAGGUAUGAAUGGAAUGUAUUGCUGCUCAUUCACUGGUCUUGCCUAGUAAUGUCAAACUCACGGUACCUAGAGGUAACAAAUAAAAAUUCCAGUGC